GUUAUCAUUUUUAUUCAUCUAGAAAACCCCACGCCGAGUAGUAAAACUGCUGAGUCUGCUGCCGGAUCUCAAAUUGAAGCCGGGAGCCGCAGGCUGCUCCUGCUAUUCCGCUCCUCCCGAAAGGUGCUGCCGCUGGCCUCAAGCCCUGCGGACUCCCGAGCGCCCCGAGGGACGGGAGAACGCGGUGCUGCCCCGGUCGGUGAUACCGCCCCCGACCCCUCUCGGCACCGGGGCGGGAGGAAAAAUGCCCCCGGAAAAGUGGCAAACGGGACGGAGGGGGAAACAAGGAAAAGGGGGAUAGUCACCGAAAGCGAAAGAUUGAAUUUCUGUGGAGAAUAUACCGGGGAACAUAUAACCCUGAAUGUAUUUUGCCGGGAAUCCGGAAUUAGAAAAGACAAAACAAACGGGGGAGGAGGAGAGAUCCCGAACAAAAGCAAAAUAAAACCCGGCUGUUACAGACCAGCCGGUAACGGAGCCGCUAAGCUUUCUCCGAGUCCUUUAUAGCCGGGAUUAUCGCCGUGCUUGGCUCCCGUCCCGGCAAGUGCCCGCUGCCCCUCGGCGAGCCCUGCGGGACGGGGCCAACGCGCCCGGGAGUUAUACCUUUCCCAGGAUUUAUACAUUUCCCAGGGCUGACACAGCUCCUAGACUCUCCUUCCUGUGUCCUACGACACACUCCGCUGCUUCCCAGGAGCGGCAGCUCCAGGACGGGGCUGCUCCAGCUCGGAGCCCGCGGGCAACGAGACCGACCCCCCUCAUUAAAUGCCGGGUGGGAUUAGCGAGCGACGAGCGAGCCCCCUCACCCCCUUACCGGGGUCAUCUGCCCAUCUCCGCCCCCCCCAAACGUGGGUCAGGGCUGCCGGGACCCCCGCAGGGCGGCCGCCCAUCACCCCCGUCGGGGCGGUCCUUGCCGGGGGCGGGACAUCGGGCUUGAGGCUGUGCCGCGGCGUGGGAAAGCGGCUCAGAGAGGGUUUGCUCUGCUGGCGGUGCGGAGCCGUGCCGGACUAUCCCCCCUCCCCCUCCUCCCCUUUCUUCCAUCCCCCCGGAUUUAUUUAUCUCUGCCUCCAUCCCGGCUCUGAGCCGCGGCGCGUCCCGUUCCCACCAUGAAGCGACCUUGCGAGGAAACUACCUCAGACAGCGAUAUGGACGAGACUAUAGACGUGGGAAGCGAGAACAACUACUCGGGGCAAAGUAAUAGUUCUGUCAUUCGAUCAAAUUCCCCAACAACGACGUCUCAGAUUAUGGCCAGAAAGAAAAGAAGAGGGAUUAUAGAGAAAAGGCGCCGUGAUCGUAUAAAUAACAGUUUAUCAGAGCUGCGGCGGCUUGUGCCAACUGCUUUUGAAAAACAAGGAUCUGCCAAAUUAGAAAAAGCGGAAAUACUGCAAAUGACAGUGGAUCAUCUGAAGAUGCUGCAGGCGACGGGAGGUAAAGGUUAUUUUGAUGCUCAUUCCUUGGCCAUGGAUUUCAUGAGCAUUGGCUUCCGGGAAUGCUUGACGGAAGUCGCAAGGUACCUGACUUCAGUGGAAGGUCUCGACACAUCCGACCCCCUGCGUGUCAGACUCGUGUCUCACCUGAGCACCUGUGCCUCUCAGAGGGAAGCCGCUGCCAUGACUUCCUCCAUGGCCCACCACCACCACCCCUUGCACCCUCACCACUGGGCAGCUGCUUUUCACCACCUCCCAGCUGCUUUGCUGCAGCAGAAUGGACUCCACGCCUCCGACACCGCUCCAUGCAGACUCUCCUCAGAUGUGCCACCCCAUGGCUCAGCCCUGCUCACAGCCACCUUCGCCCAUGCUGAUGCCGCUCUCAGAGUCCCCGCUGCUGGCAGUGUCGCUCCCUGUGUCCCACCUCUCUCUACCUCCCUCUUGUCCCUCUCAGCUACUGUUCACGCUGCGGCAGCAGCAGCCACAGCAGCUGCCCAGAACUUCCCCCUCUCCUUCACUGGCGCCUUCCCAAUGCUUCCUCCCAGCGCGGCUGCCGCUGCCGUGGCUGCAGCAACAGCCAUCACCCCUCCGUUGGCUGUAUCAGCCACCGCCAGCCCUCAGCAGGCUGGCAGCGGGGCCAGCACUAAACCAUACCGACCCUGGGGGACUGAAGUUGGAGCCUUUUAAAUCCCCACCCUCCCUUCCUGGUCCAGCUCCCUCUUCCUCGCGUGCACACACACCCCACAUGCCCCAACACACCCAUGCACGAGCCUGCGGGACUCGGCGUGUCCUUUCCUGGUCCAGAUGAGGGGCCACCUUCACGCAAAAGGUCUGAGAGGUGCUGGCAAGCCUGCCAAGGAACAGCACAGCACAGCUAUCCUCGCUUCAGGUGCCAGAGAGGACAUGAGGUGAUAUCUUCUCGGUUUGUUUCACUGGAGGCAUCUUGAAGGAGCAGCAAUGACUUUCAGAAACAACGUGACCAUAUCGGCGUGUAGAGGUUUCCUGGGAAAUAGGUAGACACUAGAACUAAUAAUUAUCCAGCUAUGCAUCCUUCUUUGGCAGAGAGGUGAGGGAUCGCACCUACCAGGUCUCCCCAGGCUAGAAAAAGAGUUUGAGUUUCGUAAGUGCCUGACAUUGAAAAAAUAAUAAAUAAUUUUUUAAAAAUUAUAUAUAUGUGUGUUCUGCUAAAACAAAUAACAUUGCACAGAUAUGUAAAUGGCAUGGAAGAGAGGUAAAAUCCUGUGUUCAACUUCAGAACUGGGAUACCUUCCAAGGAAGAGGGUGUUCUUGAAGUGGAGAUGUUUUUUUAGCCAAAAGAUUGCCGAGGAAGAAUGUUCAAUUUGACAGGCCUAGUUCUCGCUUCCUUAGUUCACUUUCUUUGUACAGGCUUGCCAAAUUGUGACAUCUAGCAUAGCACUGGUAAAAGCAAUUAUCUUAUCAGUGCUGGGAUUAAUGAAUGUUUCAGCACUGCCUGUAAGCCUUGAGGCGCCCUUUUUUAUGGCUUAAAUAUGGUGCUAGUGUGUAUCUGCACAAACAGUGAAUUUGUCAAGCACCCAGAAGUAACCACCUAUUUAAAGCGUGCACACUUGGAUACGAUUGAUUCGUGCCAAUACAAGAGACUCAAUGUUGCAAGAGUUCAAAUUAAUUUAUUUAGCUGUAUUUGGACAUUUAGCCAAUUCUGUACAAGAUCCCUCUUCUCACUAUCGGCUUCUGGGAGAACGAUCACUCUGGGUAUGAAUGGAGUUAUGGUAGGGACGAUUUUUAAAUUGACUAUUGACAUGCCAACAUUGUAAUGUAGGUUUGAUUCCAAACCAAAAUGAAUGUAUUGAGGGGGAUGUCAGUAAAUUAUUUUGUCAAUACCCAGACAACUAUUGCUGCAUAAUAUGGUUUGCUUUCAUUUUUUACUACAGUGACUUAAAAUAACAUAAGUAUUUUAAUACACCCAGUCAAGAACUAGAGAUUUUAUGUAAAAAAAAAUAAAAAUAAAACACAGCAUGUAUUAUUAUGCACUUGAUUUCUCUGCUGUGUGGAGAAAGCAAUAAGCAUUGAGAAUGUUAAACAUUAUGCAAAAUAUACUUUAAAAUAUUUGUUUUAAAAAACUGUACCUAGUGGGUCUUUUAUGCAUUACUUUGUUAACCUAUUUUCUAUGCAAAAGUCUUUACAUAUCACUAAUUAAACGAAGUCCUUUUUG